AUGUCUCGGUCACCAGGAAGAAAGCAGGACAACCACAAAAUAAGCAGAGAACUUUUUGUACUCACAUAUGGGGCUUUGGUAGCCCAGCUGUGCAAGGAAUAUGAAAAAGAUGAAGAUGUCAAUGCCUGUUUAGAUAGAAUGGGAUACAGCAUCGGCAUAAGACUGAUUGAUGACUUUUUGGCUCGUUCAGCUGUGAAAAAGUGCCAUAGUUACUCUGAAACGGCAGACAUGAUUGCACAGGUGGCUUUCAAGAUGUACCUUGGGGUCACCCCUAGUGUGAGCUGCAAUAGUGCCACAGGGAAUGAAUUCUCCUUAAUCCUGGACAAAAAUCCACUAGUGGACUUUGUGGAGGAGCUGCCAGCGGAACGAGCAUCACUUUGCUAUUGUAACCUCCUCUGUGGGGUGAUUCGAGGUGCCUUGGAAAUGGUUCACUUGGCAGCAGAAGUUUCCUUCCUCCAGGACAGGCUGAAGGGCGAUGCUGUGACAGAAAUAGGAAUUACGUUUUUAAGGAAGCCUGAAGACAGAAAGCACAGAAGGAACAAAUGA